GCACCAGAAGAUAGCACAAGACUGGGCUGUGCUUUCAACAGCCCCCCCUGUGCCAUUUCACAGUCCCUAUUCACGCAAGCUCUCCUCUUCUAUCUCCUCCAAACACACUUCCAUUUCCACAAAGUGUACGUCUAGAAAUACAAGCAACAGCACUAGACGCCACUUGCGACAAUGCAUUGGCACGCUAUCAUGGAGAGAUUGAGCCUGGUUGAGGACGCAUAUUCUGCGGCUUAUGACAACCCAGUGGAACAUACGGCAGCUCUUGACCAUCCCAAAGAACGCAAAGUCCAUGAGAGGCCCACGUCCAUCCCUCAUGGACAGGACAACACCCAAGAUUGCUGGCCUAUGGAUCGACACUCCCAUGCCUCCUAUUCGUCAUCAGAGAGGCUUUCGAGGGCUAGCGACGGCGCCAGUACAGACCACUCACGCAACGACGAAGAGCAGCAUUCACAAGUACCAAUGCCAACCUCUGCAACAGGCAUGACGACCUUCGCCCACGAACGCGCCCUGCGCACUCGCAUCCGCGCUAGCAAACUAGUCAGAGACGGCGAAUACGACAUGAAAAAGUACACGCCAACCUUCAUCCACGAUUGUCUGAUGCUGCCCGGCUCCCUGGCAAACCUCCUCGGCAAGUCCUCAGCCGAAGACAUCAUCCACCGCAUGACGCCCGCUCUUCUGCACGGUUUCCGCGCUUGCAUUCACCCCGAAGAUCAGAAACCGUGUCUACUCCCAUCUGCCGACUCCUUGGACUACGUGCAAGGCAUGGUCAUCUUUGGACAAGGUCGCGCGGGUCGAGACCGCAUUCACGAGCACUACCGUCCGCACGCCCGACGGGUGAAAGCGCAGGUGGAGAUUGAUGUGCUCGUUCCUGCUCCUUCCUACCUGCCCGAAGAGCGCUGGAAAUUGCAGCGGAAGACGAUCUCGGCUCAUUUGUGGUUAUGGGCGGACAUGGAGGCGCUAGACGGACGGACUACUUCAUUGUCUCGGAGAUGGAAGCUGGAGGAUUACCUGGCCGGAGAUCUCGCUGACGAAGAUGAUGAGGAGGAGGAGAAGAUUGUGUCAACUGAUCUUGACAGCAUAGAAGACGAAGGUGGGAGCAUAGACGGCGAUGCGCCGGACGCAGGCCACUACUUCAUCACACAACCAUGGGCGCCAUGGUCACGAACGGACGUACAGUAGCCCUUCCAUCAAGUGAAUUCACAACCCUACAAAUGCGCCUGCGCCUUCCACGCCUU